AACUGCAUCUCACCUCAGCGCCAGGCAUUUCCAAAAGGCCACCACCAUCUUGAAAAACUCUCAAGGAAUUAGGAACUAGCAGCUGAACAGCGGGGGCAAUACGGGCUCAUUGACCCAAGGAAGGGAGCAUCACACAUCAUGGUGCAGGCCAUGGGCGCUGGUCGGAGCGCAGAUGUAACUCCUCCUCCAGCGCUCAUCUUGCACCUCUACCCGACUCAUUUUGCUUUAGGAGACUAUGAUACAACAUAUCAAUACAAUGGACCUUUGAAGGAUUUCCUAGAGGCAGUCAACAGACAAGAACUUCCAGCAAACGCAUCGGAUUUGUUUAAAGAGUCUGAUUUUCAUGAUGGUCGGAUAUACGUCCAAGUCCGCGAUUACCGUGUCAAUUAUCAUGCAAAUGUCCAAUUAUCAGAGAGAAGUUUAUCCAAAGAUAUGUUGACAUCACCAAGCGACACUGGGAAGAGCUUUUCGGGAACGGCAACACCGGACAUCAGAACGUUGGUCUUACGCCCGACACCAGCCUCUCUGUGGGCAGAUAUUCAGUCUCUCAGUGCCACUGCAAUACCUUCUGGGCCUCCGCUGGCAGAAGAUACUGCACUUGAAGCAGAGGCCAAAAUUUUGGUGGCGACUCAGGAGCCGUUAUGCCUAGACCCUGAUCCAACAGUUGCUCGGACAGCAAAUAUCAAGGCAUACAAUGACGCAAAGUAUCGUGUCCCAAGAAAGCGACCGAGAAAUUGGGCCGCAAAGGAAGAAGAUGAUGAGCAGAAGAGGGAAAGCGAUAGACUGAUGUUGAUCAUGGAUGAGCGACGAAAGGGUGAAUUUCAUCCAAAGUUUGCAAAGUUUUCCUUUGUUGAAGAUUGGAGAAAGAAGAAAGCCGCAUUUGAUGCAGAAGCCUUGCUUACCAUUCAAGAAAAGCGAAACAUUAAAGUGCCCACAAAGAAGACACAGGAUACUCGUUUCCACCUGAAUUCCGACGCAGGAACAAUUGUGCGAACCCUGAACUUUCAGCAGACUUAUGAACGGAUUGGGGUAACGAUGUACACAACUCUAAACAUACAUUCCAUGGGGGGCGGCCAAUAUUCUUGUACGCUGCGAUGGGGUCAGACACCUGGCACUGGGAUCGGUAAAGGUAACCUGCGAGGCAAUACCUUGAGAUUUCCUUUGGGAAAUCUGGCCGCUGCCUGGUGGUAUAUUCAACAAUUCAAAAUCCACUACACUCUGUCUAAUAAGCUUAUUGAGGAUAUUGACUCUUCAAUGCAAAGGGCAGCAGUGCAACCAAUAGGAGUUUCGCAAGCUCAGGGUGUCACUGCUACCAUUGCGCCACAACUUAUGAACGGCACAACAGCAAUACACCCUAUACAGCUACAGCAACUUCAGCACCAACAACAAGCUGCUUCCCAACUGCUACAUCAUCCACAUGCAGCAGCGCUUGGUCGUGGAGUAAUACGCGGCAACGUUAGAGGGAAGUUCCGCGGGAUGAGGGGUAGAGGCGCCCCAAGUAAAUAGAGGGCACAAAUUUGCCACGGAGGUCGAACGUUGGUCGCAAAAGCGUCGCAAAUUGUACAUAUCAUAGAUUGAGUAUUGGUGCAGAUUGGUAAAUUGGUAUUUCGGUAGAUGGGCUUUUUGACGUUUGCAGCACUGCUGCCAGUAAAGCUUCAGGGCAUGGCGUGCCGGCCUCGGCAGAUACUUUUACUUGCUCGUCUUGCAGCCGGCGACUUGUCGUGGGCCCAAUAGAUGCACAUCGCACCUUGCUCCACC